AUGGUGAACGUGACGUUUUUUGGAGCUGCGUCGUCUGGGAAAACAUCGAUAAUCAAAAGAUAUGUUCAAGGCACAACAGUCACAGAACACAUCCCAACCAUAGAAGAUGUCUACAACACUUCAAUUGAUUUAGAAGAAAAGGAGAUUUAUAUGAAAAUAGUUGACACUACAAGUGACGAAGGACUUGCUUCAAUGAGAGAAACGCAUUUCUCUUCGAGUGAUGUCAUUGUGUACGUAUAUUCAGUCGAAGAUGAAGAUGCAUUCAAACGUGCCCAAGAAGAUAUUGGAGUGUGUUUGUCCAUCAUAUCAAAAAACAUCAAAGAACUCAAAGACUACCCAACAAUUUUUAUCGUCGCAAACAAAAUUGACACGAAGUCAAGAACUGUCUCAAGAGAAGAAGGAAAACUACUUUUGGAUAAAGUGAGAGGGGUGUGCAAGACUAACUACUUCGAAACUUCAGCACUUGAAAAUUUGAAAGUCAAUUUCCUUUUCGAGUCUAUAGCAAAGGGUGUUGUUAAGUCGACUAUCAAACAAAGGUCCAGCUCUGCAAAGCCAAGAAUCAGAAAUGAAAAGAGAAAUGGUAUGAGACUAGAAAAACCAAUUGUCUUCUAUGAACCAAUUGAAGAGCCUAAGCCUCGCUUCUUGUCAAGACUCUCAUUCAAAAAAAUCCAUGUUUGA